AUGCCGUCGCGCAAGAAGGACCGGCCAAAGGUGUCCCCGGAGGUGGUCGCCUGGGAGCGCGAGCCAGACUUUGACACCAGGGCGAUGACCGUCCCGGUAGACUCCCCCGAGUUCCAGCUCGCUGUCAGCAAGUACCCGCAGUGCGAAGUCGACCGCAACCACGAGAUCGUCCGCCAGGGCAUGGGGAACAGGCCGAACUUUGGUCUCCCGAGCAAAGCUGAGCUUGUGAGGGGCCGGUGGGAGAACCCGAUCUGUCAUAACUGUAUGAGGAAGCCCCAGGAACCGUGCGAGGAGGCUGACGUCACGCUGACGAAGUGCACGGCGUGUCACUUGGUGUGGUACUGCAGCAAGGACUGCCAAAGAGCGGACUGGGUAAAGGCGCACAAGAAGUGGUGUACGAACCUUCCGAACGUGACCGAAGUGGACCCCGAGUGUCCAUACCAAUUGAGGGUGGUUAGCGCGGAAUGGUCUCGAGAAGACAGACUAGCGGUUUUGGAAGGAAAAGUAGAGGUCCCGCUGAGAGUUGUACCGUAUCCGCCAAGUGAUUGA